AUAUCUUAUAUUAUUUUAUUUUUUUUACUUAAAAAAGAGACUGAUAAAGUUUGUGUAUUAAUUAAAAAACUAAUUUGUUAUUAGUCUUAUUAUUAAAUGUAGAUAAAUAAAUUAAAUUAUCAUAUAAAGUAGGCAAAAAUGGAUAUAUCAGAUAACUAGAUACAAAAGACUGAUAAUGAAGUCAGCUCCUAAAAUAGUUUUUUGAAUUAAUAAGAAUAUUACCUUGAUAAUUUAGAUAGUUCAAAGUAAAAGGAUGUUCUAGUAUAAUAGUCUACUAUCUAAAAUUUUGGUAUUAAAUCUAGAGAAUCAAAUAAUUAGAUUCUCAACAAGUAUACAAAUGUAUCCAGACCCUUAUCUUAUGUAGUAAAGCUUUCUAAUUACUCUUACUUAGAAAAAGUAAUAGAAAAGAUCAAGGACCAAGUUAAGUUUAAGUAAUCUAUGAAGAGGAUCAAUUUUUUAGCUGACUUUACAGAGAAAGAGGUUGAGGAAAUUCUGGCACAAUAUGGAGAAGAAGAAAAUUAUCCAGUUAUUUUAGAAAGAAAUAACAAGGAUUAAGCGAAAACAAUUGAUUUUAGAGGAGAGAAAUAGUACUGCAUGCAACAUUUUGAAAACAAAUAUUUAAAGGAAAAAAAAGCGAACGAAGAAAUAGAAUAUGAACUCAAAGAAUAUAGUAUAGAUAUAAAAAAUAAAAAAAUGGAUCAGUCUCGAUUCUAAAGUCUUUGCUAAGAAAUUAUAACAGAGAGAGACAGCAUUGUUUCUAUUGAGAUUUCUAUGAUUGAAAUAUUUAAUGAAGGCUCAAAUUUCUAUAGUUCUAAAGAUGCUCAAAUUCAAUUCUUUAAUUCACCAUUUAUUUAAUUCAUAAUUAAAUAGUACAACUUGAUAGCACAAAAAAUGCAGUAUGAUAAAAACUCUUCGAAGCUUAGCGUUUCAUUCAGCGAAUCAGAUUCAGAAUGCGAGUCAAGCUUAUACAGAAACUUUGAAAAAUAUUCCAAAGAAAGUAAGCUGAUCUUAUUUGGUCUUAAUUAGCAAAAGCUUGAGUCAUGCUUUGAACAUUUAAAAAACUAUGAAUCUUAACCACUCUAUUUAGAUUUUUCAGACUUAACCAAUAUUAAUAGUAAUAUUAAUAAAUAGAGCAUGUAUAAUGAUACUAAGUAUAAUUCUGAGUUUAUAAAGACUAAGAUUGAAAUUUUUAAAAGAUGUUUUGAGAAGUAGUUUGAAGAUAUGUUAAAAGAAAGUAAAGAUUCAAAAGGAUUAAGAGGAGAGAAAGAAAAUUAAAAUGAUACAUAAAUCAGGUACAGAUUAGAUGGUGAUUAGAGAGACAUUUAAAAUAUUUAAAAGUGGUGUGAAGAAAAAAUAUCAAGCAUAUAAGGAAAUAUAUUUUCUACAUAAUAUAACGAUUAAUUCCUAGAAAAAGAAGCCAAAAAAAGAAUAAACAACAUAGUUGAAAAAAUAAAAGAAAUAAACACUAUGACUAUAAAUAAUAAAUUUGAUGAAGUAACUAUUUUUAUGUAUAUAAGAAAUCCAGAGUCAGAGAAUGAUGUUAACAAUGUUAUAGAAUAGUUAGAAUAUAUUUCGAACCUUAAAAGAGAUAAAUUAUAGCCAGAAAUUUCAGUUGAGUUAUUAAAUAAGAUAGAUGAUUUCAAUAGUUCUAUUGAAUCUGAAAAGAAUAAAUUUUGCUUUCCUAUACAAAAAUUUGGUAAAAACAUCUAUUUAACAGGUACCUUACAACAAAUAGAAAAGACAAAAUAAGCAUGUCAAGACUACAUCAAAAUGAAUAUCUAGAAAACCUUCCAUAUUUAAUAAGACUUUUGCAUAAAUUAAUUAAACAAAAGUAUUUUUAUAAAGUACUUCUAAACUGAAUUUUAAAAUGAAUUCCCUGACUUUGAGGUCGUCAAUUAAAAUAGCCUCUAAUAUAGUACCAUCUAUUACAAAAUCAAAGAAUUCUAGAAAAAAGAAGUUGAGGAAAAGUUGACUACAUGCUUGAAAGAAAUAAAUUCAAAGAUUUAAGAAUCUGUAGUUUCCUGCACAUAGAACUAAUUUUAAAUCUUAUAAAAAGAAAUAAGUUUUCUACAUUAAGUAUAAUAGAAAUAUAGCGUUGAAAUUAUUACAGAUCCUAAAAGACUCAAUGAAUUAGGUCAUACUGUAAAAGAUUUAGAUGUUAACUCCUUUCAUAUAAAGCAGCAACUGGCAUUUUCAACUACAAACUCUAAAUUAUAGGUUUGCUUAUUAUGUGCUGAUAUUCAAAAUGUUAAUAUUGAUUCCCUGAUGAUUAAUAUGAAGAUUAGUGGUAAUUACAUUGAUAAUUUUUCUCCAGAAAUAGUGAACUAAACUUAAUGUGGCAAAUUUGUCAUUUAAGAAAUUAAUUAAAUUAAUGCAGGAACAUCUAAGCUACUUCUUGAUUACCCAGAUAACGAAGAUGAUGAUGAUGGUGAAGAUUUAUAAAAUUCAAACCCUAAAAAAAGGAAAAACUAAAAGAGAAAGUUUUAAUAUUUUUCUGUUAGCCAUUUGAACACAAACUUCCCUAUAAAGCAUAUUUGCAUAUCUGUUUUAAAAGAAAACAAGUCAAACAUUAGAAAUCUAUUGAAGAAAUUCUUGAAAGAAAAUGAAUAGAAUUUCAAAAUCGGAAUAAUCAUUCCUAAAGAAGAGGAUUUAGAUAUUCUAUAUAUUUAAAGCCUGAAAGAAAUACUCUAUGAUUUAUAUGGUGGUGAUCAAAACAUAGGAUAAAAACAAAAAAAUAUUUUCUUAUUUUGUGAAGAAUCAUAAUUCUCAAAAAUAUAAAAUAGUCUUUAGAAUAAGGAUGGGAAUAAUCAAAUUCUUAUGAAUAAGCUUAAAGUAGGAGAUAGUCUUUUUAGUUCAAUUAAAAAAUAAUAUUUUAUAAAUUAAGAACUUGUCCCUCAUGAGUUUCACCUAUUACUUGAUAGUUUUACAAUUGGUAAACACAGAAAUCAAGAAAGAUUUUAUGCUUUUCUCCCUAAAAAAGUUGAAUAAGGAGUUAAACUAGAAAAAAUUUAAAUUUGUAUACCAACUGAAGAUAACUCUAUAUAAACUAUUAUCAAAAAUAACACUCGUUACACAUUAACAAGCUACUUAGAUAAAGCUGAUUUUGAAAAAUAAGAUAUUGAAGAUAUUAAGAAGGCUAUUUAAAAAGCUAAAGAUUAAAAAAUUGAAAGUUUUUAUAUAUAUAGUGACGAUAACGAUUGCUAUUAAAGCGAGCUCGUGAGAGUUAAUGUUAAAAAAAGAAAGAUUGUCUACUAAAGAAAUAAAUAACAAUAUGUUGAGUACAAUGAAAAAGAUAUCUAAUAAGAUGAAAAGUUAAAUUUUGUUUACAUCAUAAGAGGAUAUAACCAAGAAGAUAUCAAAGAAUCAUAAAACUAAAUUAAUAGUAAGCUAUUUAUAAACUUAAAAUACUUCAAAGAAUUAUGGGACUAUAAUUACGUUGACGAAAAAAUUCCUAAGCUACUUCCCUUAAUCAAAAGUGAUUAGAAUCACAUAAAAACUAUUGAUUCAUUUGAAAAAAUAUUUAGAAAAAAAUAAUUGAAAAUAUUAGAGAUUCAAUUCAUAUAAAAUAUUUCUCUUUAUUAAAAAUUUUAAGAAUAAGUGAUUUAGUUACACAAUAAAUGUAAAGUGGUAUCUGAAUAUUAAGAACCAAUGUUUUAUAGCCAUAGCGAUAAUUCAAUUCUACAAAAUAUAUUCUAAUGCAAUAGUAUAGGUUUUGAUCCUAGAAUCCAUUACAAUUCUAUGAAAAAUACAAACAGAAUUUUGCUGGAAAAUAGGCCUUGGUAUUUCAAUAAUAUUAAUAAUAUUAAUGGAUAUGAGUAAUGCUUAGCUUGCUUUGUUGUUAAAGGUAAAGUUCUAAAAUAGGAUUUCUCCAAUGAAUAGUUUGCAAACUUAAAGAGAUUACCAAAAGAUGAAUCUGAUAAUUAGUUUUAUGACUGUGCCUAGAUGGAAGAAGGAGAAGAAGUGAGAGUAGCAGUUUUCGAUUUCCACAGAAUUUACCCUGCUUACUUAAUUAAAUUUUAGAAAAAAGAUGAGAGUGAAACUAAUUAUACAACAGACGAUUAAUCCAGAUAUCAUAAUUAAGAUUGAAUUUAUAUUUUUAAAAAUAUUAAUAUAUAAAAUUAAUUAAGUAAAUGAAUAAAGUGUCUUGAAAAGAUAUAUCUCCAUAUUUGUAUUUAAUUAAUUUAUAAAUAACUAUAUCAUUACAAAGAAGAAAACUUUAUUUGUAUUAAAAAAAUUAAUAAUAUAUAACAAAAUUAAAUUUUAUUUAGAGUGAAAUGCCU